AGUUCUUAGAGGAAGCAGUAGACUAGAAGGACCUGGCAGAGACAGAGAGACAAGAAGCUUUCACAGGUUUUCACACACAUCUCAAGAUAGCACUGAAACACUGACCUGACAGAAUGUUCUUAAUCCUGGUUGUCACAAUGUUCUUGGCUGGCUGCUUGGCUUUGCCCAUCAAAGACCCGUACUCGUAUUCCUCUGCGGUGGGUCAGGGAGGUGGCACCCCAUUUGCUUCCUACGGUGAGGGGCGCAUCACGGGAGUCAGAGUGUGGGAGACCAACAACAACUACUACUACUACUACAACAACAAUGCCUACAUCAGUGGGUUCCAGCUGAAAUACGGCAACACCUGGUCUCCUGUAUUCGGUCAUGAAGUGGGUGAAAAGCAGGAGAUGGAGCUGUUUAAUGAUGAGGCCAUCGUCGAGGUGUCUGGGAAGUACAACCCAGCAGACUACAUCUGCUACCUGGUGUUAAGCACCAACAUGGGGCGCACUCUGUCAGCCGGCCUGCCUAACCAGGUCUCCUUCAACUUCUACCCAGCCAACAUGGGCAAUGAGCUGAGGCUGCUCAGCGGUCGCUACAACGGUGCUGGAAUCACCUCCAUCGGAGCCCACUGGGGAUUGGUGGACAUGGAAAGGGCUGGAAACCGUACUCUGGAAACAGUACGGGAAACAGAACCUCCUCUUCAUUGAAAAAAAAAGUAUGUCUUGCUCUUUGGGAUGGUAUCCCAGAUACAGAUUAAGCCUAGUGCUGGACUAGUUACUUUCAAUGGAGAUUCUCCAUUCAACAUUUCUAUGUUUUGGGUUUCUAUGUUUUGGCCGGGUAUGGUUCUCAAUCAGGGACAGCUGUCUAUCGUUGUCUCUGAUUGGGAAUCAUACUUAGGCAGCCUGUUUUGUCACCUUAGGUUGUGGGAUGCUGUUUUUUGUUAGCUCUGUGUAGCCUACGGAACGUGACGUUUUGUUGUUUUGUUUGGUGUUCGGAUUUAAUAAAGAAUCAUGAAAACGUACCAUGCUGCACCUUGGUCCACUUCUUCCGACGAGCAUUACAUCAUGAGAAUUUAAACUGAAUGAAUUUGAAAGUUUAGAAUAUUUUGGAAGAAUUUUUGAGGUGAUCCCUGACUUGAAGCAGUACAAAAAGACAUCUAAACAUUCAAAUUCAUUCAGUUUAAAUUCUCAUGAUGUAAAGCUCGUCGGAAGAAGUGGACCAAGGUGCAGCGUGGUACGUGUUCAUGAUUCUUUAUUAAGCGCCCAUCAGAUAGGGAUAUUAAACAGUCCUGUCAGCGUGGGUCACAGACCACAUGCGCCACAUGGGAUUUAAAGGAUGAAUUAUAUCUUUGAUUAAUGGAACAAUCUAAUAUUAUGGGGAGAUAAUAGUGUUUCAGGGUGUUUCACCUUCACUAUUUUAUACACACUACAUUUGUUAUGUGUUGUUCCUUUUCUGCUACAUCUGCUUCUGGACAUUUGAAUAAAAAGCAUAUCUUUAAUCAUUA